CUUUGAACCCUCUGUCGUAGUCGGAAUUUACAGAAACUCACCGGAAACUUUGAAAAUAUAUCUUGUGUACCCUAUUAAUAAGUUUGAAAGAAGGUGGUGGUAUCAAUCAGUUUGCACUUACAAUUUCAUUUGUUGUGGAGUUAUCGCGAAGAUUAAUGGAAAUGGCCAGGACGGUGACCUGCUAUGAGAGUGAUCUGAAUCUUAAGGCAACAGAGCUAAGAUUAGGGUUGCCAGGCACUGAUGAGCCCGGAAAACAACCGUCUGCUGGUAUUAAAAGCAACAAAAGAGCUUUUAAUACAGUUGCUCUGCAACCAGAUUCCGAAAAGGGUGACCAACACAGUUGCUCUGCAACCAAGGCACAAGUAGUAGGGUGGCCACCUGUCCAAUCCUACCGGAAAAAUGUUUUCCAACCGAAGAAGGUGGAGGCUGAAACUGCCGGAAUUUACGUGAAAGUGAGCAUGGAUGGAGCUCCUUAUCUUAGAAAGAUCGAUAUAAAGGUUUACAAAAGCUACCCAGAUCUCCUCAGCGCCUUGGAAGACAUGUUCAAGUGCACCAUAGGUGUAUACUCGGAGAGAGAAGGAUAUGAUGGAUCUGAAUAUGCACCAACUUAUGAAGACAAAGAUGGCGAUUGGAUGCUGGUCGGAGAUGUUCCAUGGGAGAUGUUUAUUUCCUCUUGCAAAAGGCUGAGAAUCAUGAAAGGUUCAGAAGCUAAAGGCUUGGGUUGUCUUUAG